AUGGAUUGGAACCUUUGUAUUGGCAUCUAUCUAUGCACUGCGGGUUUUUAUAUUCAAGGGUUCUACAUUGUUACCUAUGGUCUGGGCAUCUACAUACUGAACUUGUUGAUUGGAUUCUUGUCGCCCCUUGUUGACCCGGAGCUGGAACCUUCUGAUGGGCCUAUGUUACCCACCAAAGGUUCAGAUGAAUUCAAGCCUUUCAUUCGCCGUCUCCCUGAGUUCAAGUUCUGGUAUGCCAUCACAAAGGCUUUUUGUAUAUCAUUUAUCAUGACCUUCUUUUCGAUGUUUGAUGUUCCUGUCUUUUGGCCUAUAUUACUGUGUUAUUGGAUAGUCUUGUUUGCGCUUACCAUGAAGCGCCAAAUUGUACACAUGAUCAAAUACAAAUAUCUCCCAUUCAACAUUGGAAAGCAGAAGUACAGUGGCAAGAAAUCUUCUGCCAGCAGUAGUGGCUCCAGGGGAGAUUGA